GGAGAAGAGAGAGCGAUCGACAAAAAAAAGAAAAGAAAAAAAAAACACUUUCGAUAGCAAAAUCUGUUACUUGACGAGUUUUGGGCGUUGUCUGCUUUGUGGAUAACGGUUUUAUAUUUUGACCGUUACAUAUCUGCCCUCUGCUGAAUAAAGAUGGCGACUUCGUCACCGUCUCUGAGUAACAAUGGUUUCUCCGCCGGCGUCACGCCUCCCAGAACUCUCCGUGGCCUCAACAAACCCAAGUGUAUCCAAUGCGGCAACGUCGCUCGCUCCAGAUGUCCGUUUCAAUCUUGUAAGGGUUGCUGUUCAAGAGCUGAGAACCCCUGCCCAAUUCACGUUCUUAAAGGAGUUGUGACGACUGCUGAGAAGACGGCACCAAGUACCCCAUCAUCAGAUCAGAAAGCAUCAGAGGGCACUCCCGGGAGUACAAGUAGAGGUUCAUCAAUCCGCCAACUUUCUAGCAACUUUGCUCAGUUUAAUAACCUGAAUGCCGUUUCUCGCCAGAGAAAGCCUUUGACCAUAAAGGAUGCUCAAGCGUUAAACGACUGGCGGUUUACAAAGCUAAAAGAGUACAGAGACAGAAACAUUGAAGUGGAAAAUGAAGCUUUUGAUCGGUACAUGAGUAAUGUCAAUCUACUAGAAGAAGCCUUUUUAUUGGCAUCUGUUUCUGAAGAGGAACCAGCAGCUUCUGAGCGAAACAGCGAGGAAAGAACUGUUUCAGAGCUUAAACUCAGGCUGAGAUCGAACUCCGCAAGAGCGGAGGGCUUCAAGAAGAGGAUCACAGAGACUGUCAAAGCCGGUUUGGUGAAGGUUCAGAAACCUGGUGGGAAAUCUGAUGAUCAAGAUGACAUCAAAAGAAGGUUCAAAAGACGUAAAUUAGAAGAGAAAACUUCAACUUUAAAUGAAAUAAUCGACAAACAGAACAAAGCAAGAAUCGAAGAGGAUCUCAAAUCUUGCUUAGAUAUGAAAUCAAAGCUAUGCGGUAAUUUUUCUUCCAGCUCAGAAUCCGACAAGAACAUGAUUUUCCCGGCUUCUGUCCGUAAAGUUGAGAUCAGCAAAGAAGCACUUCAGAAAAUGGGCGAGGAGCUUCAAUCUUUUGACCAGGCUGAAACUUUAUGAAGUCUCUUAUACAAUAAGAACGUCCUGUUGUCGAUGAUUCGAAUGUUUGGGUGGCGAGAAAAACUUGAGAGCCUUCAUUGCCAUACGUAUUAUGUGUUGUAAUAUGAUCAAAGAUCCUUCAAAGAGUGUAUGUUACUAAAGAUUUUAAAUUACUUAAAUUUGAGGUGGUCUGGAUAAGUAGACCGGAAUUGAAC